AUUCACAUCCAUAUAGAACUGCCUUAAAAGUCUCCGAUUUCAGAACUACACAACAUGGCCACGAUAAUAAAAAUGAUCAUUGUCUUCUGGCUGUUUGAACACUUCCAUUUGGGACAAGUGUAUCACAUCGAGAGUUCUGGUGUGGGCGUGGGGCACCUCAGGCCCGGGUCGUUCAAUCAGAAGAAACAAAGUAGUUGGGCCAUGGUGGAGUUCCAGGAACAUGGCCCGUCCCAGUGGCAGUCGCAAUCGGGCAUCUGUUCGGCCGAGAACGUUCACGAUGUGAGAUAUGAAAAGAGCGGUGGCUCCAAGACUACCAAAAAAAUUGUCAAGGAUGAGAACGACGACGAGAGUGCCGAUCCUGCGGCCAUUGGCCAAAACGGAGGCAAUCAGGAUGGCAAUAAAAAGGUCUUUGUGGGCAGAAUCUCCUGUUUGCUUGGCGCUAUCCAGAAGCACACCAAUGCCAUGACCGAUAACUUAAAGAUCCUGCAAUCGCGCUUGUGCAAGGUCAAGGGCCAGGGCAAGGGUAAGGUCAAGGGCAAGAUCAAGGGCAAGACCAAUGGCAAGGGCACGGUCAAGUCCAAGGGCAAGGUCAAGGGUAAGGGCAACGGCAAGGGUAAGAGCAAGUCCCAGGAAAAGAGCAAGUCCAAGUCACCAGGCAGCACUUGCGGAAAAAGCACCAUUAACCCCCUGCUCUCGGGACAUCCCACGGCGAAGUGCUCACAGAAACCGAAGACCUUUGCGGACCAAAAGCAGUGUACUCUGGAUGACACUGCCACCGAAAAGAGAUUGAAGACAUUGGGCUCCAACACCGUCCGUGGCGAUCGACGUAAGCCCGUUUCCCCCCUAUUGCGACUCAUCCACGGUCCAGCCCUUCGACAAACGCACUUGAAGAGCCGCCAGGGCAUCACUUUUUCGGCGGAUAAAAGUCAGUGGCAGUACGAGGAGUACGAUGCCAAAUUGAGGAGUCUGAUGGCCAAUCGGGAUGCCAUCGACAGGAGCGUGGCGAAGCUGAUGGGUCCACGGCAGAAGGGAAGCAUAUAACUUCUUAAUUU